CCUAUAUAUAUACAAGGUAAGUCUUGUUCGAUGUUCAGCAUCAUCGCUGCUAAUCAUCGCAAAAUCAAACAUCGUAAUCAUGGUCAAAUACUAUGGAUAUCUGGUGGCAGAUGAGUGGUUGUACCAGCGAGCCGCUUCGAGGGAUGUUAGGACAGAAACGGGCGUUUACACCUACACCAAAUUCCGUCAAGUGAAAACUCUCAAGGGGAAAAUCUUCUGGUGCAUUGCCUUCGCUGCGAGCGAUCCUUGGGACGGCUUACCAACCAGCGCGCCCCCCGAGGAAAGAUACAAACCUUUGAAGGAGGCUCUGCAGAAGAAGGGACCGCCUCGCUGGUUCCGAGCUUCUUGAAUCAAAUCUUGUCUCGUUACAUGAAUUGCCCCACAUACCCGUCCG